CGUCCUAUCAUCCUGGAUGUGGCUCGACAUUGGUGCAUGUCCUCUGGGCUCGUGCUGAACUGGUCUCAGAUCGCCAGGCAGACAGGCCACGACCGCCAGGUCCUGCAGAAAGCGCUUCACCGCUUUGCUGAGGCGUAUUUCUUGUGCCAGGUUCAGUUGCGGAAGAAGCUCGAGGGCGCCCUGGUGGAGUCGCUCGGCAGAGAACGGUGCCUGCUGUACGUCGACACGUCACGCUACGACGAGACCCCCAUGAAGACGACGCUGAGGGGAGAUGCUGCUGCAGGAUCCGCAAGUGAUGUCAAUCUCCACGCUCUUGUCCCCCUGCCGUUUGGCAGGGCACUGCGGCUCAUGCACGCCCUCGCUGCUCACGAACGAAGUGCUGCGAUGGUCACGAAGCUCAUGCAGAUUAACCAAGCAGUGUGGUUGCUCGUCAAUGUUGGCGAUAUCCCAGUGCGGCUGUAUCUGAAUACGGUGUGCCCCCUGCAGCCGGUGGAGUCGACGGCUGCGCCAGUGUGCAAGAGAGCAGUGCUACGGAGUUGCGCGGUGUCCACAUACAGCGACGGCUUCAAACAACGGAUGCGCUUCUGCUGCUCUGACUCUGCGAAGCCCAACAUCGUCGUGGAGAACAGCAUCGCGUCUGACCGACAUGGAUGGGAGUCCCUGCACUUGUUCUGCGAAGUUCACGUGACAGCAGGUAUCCACAGCAAGACGUUUGAGAGUCUCAUGCCUCGCACGAUUUCGUCUGUGAUUCACGCAUCCCUUUCCUUGCAGCUCAGCGGCUAUUUGAAUCAUUUUAGGAAGUGCUUGAGGCACGUGAUCAAGUCCAGGAUCAAGCUCGUCCCCGAGGGGCUGCCAGAUGACGCUGUUAAGUACAAGAGAUCUGUCAUCAAGAUGUUUUUUCGAGACUGGAAUCGAGAUUACGUCGAGGUAUGCGUGCCGCACGGGCUUGUGACCGACAUCGACGUAGCUGCAGUGGCAAGCGUCAUCGAGAACGGUCUCAGUUUCGCCCUGGUGAGCGCGAAGCCUAGCGUGUGGCCGAGACAUCGGUGGACGGGCCCAGAGAUCGCAAUUGAUUUUUGGGGGCGCCUCGAAGCAAUACACGGGCUGGCGUCUGCGACGUAUCCUUUGUUUUCUCGAACCCUCGGCGAAGAAUUACCUCCCGCGGGCCCUAUUGGCGGGGCGGUGGGCGCCGAUGGUGCUGCUGGUGUGUUGGACGACGGCGGGGUCGAUGAUGUCGCGCACGUCCAUCGCGGGCCAGAUGCGGAGGUACCCGCCGACGCUGCUCCAGCUGACCGACAUGAGGUCGUCGACAACACUGGCCGCGCUGACUCGGAGCCGAGCUUCGCAGAGAAGAACGCCAAGGACAGGAAGUUGACGCUCGAAUGGUUGUCCAGAGAUCCCUUGCCUGACCUGAUGUUGUUGAGGUGCGCGCUCAAUCCCAUCAUGCGCAUGCUCCGCGACCAGCUGGACAUGGCUAGCCUGCGCUGGGGGCUCAGCCAGAGGGCGGCCGUGGCGAGGUCGCAUCAGAUGGGACGCCUUCCAGGACUAGGCGCUAGGGACUACAGGAUCGUCACCGCGUGCGAGCUCAUACUGGAGGAAAAUUUCUUCAAAGAGCUCCAGGCGAUCUGGCUUGGGCCGCAUCACUGGCGUUCGUUUCCAGAGAGGUGCUACACAGAGGAGUUCAACUGUCUGGCGUUCCGCCUGCUCGCGCGGGAAGGCGCGCUGGUGGAGCAGCUCCACGUGUCGAACCACUCCCUCUUCCACUUCAGAGUCUUCGGGCUGCUCGUGGAUAGCAGCAGGGCGCAGUCGUUGAACCGAACCCCAGACUGUAUGAAGGGGCCGUGGGGUAAAGAUUUGUGCGCCCGCUUCCCUGACUUGGUUGGCCAGGACCUCUGGGAGGUGCUGCUCACCCUCGCCAUGCUCAUUCAGGUGGACAUCACCUGCGUGGAGGCGAAGCACGCUGCCGUCCGACGCCAGCUGGAGCAGAGGUCAACCCACACACACACGCUCAACAUCGAGGACGCCUCCGCCGAGUGGCUGAUGCAGCAGGCUCGCACUCUUCAGAGGACGCGACCUUGGUCUGGCCAGCACCGCCAUGAGACCAGUGCGAGCGAGCAGGACAGGGAUGCGAGAAUCGGGCGCUCAGGGGGCGUCAG